GCGGCCUCUUCCCCAGGCCCCCAGCCCCACCCCCGCCUAAGGACCAAGAUAAUGGACUGGCCAUCAACCCCGCCCUUCGAUCCCCGCUUUCCCAACCAGAACCAGACCCGCAACUGUUACCAGAACUUCCUGGAUUUUCACCGCUGCACCAAGACCAUGAAGAGAAGGGGGAAGGACCCGUCCCCCUGCGACUACUACCGCAAGGUGUAUCACUCCCUGUGCCCUCUCAGCUGGGUGCAGCGCUGGAAUGAGCAGAUCCAGGAGGGGACGUUCCCUGGGAAGAUCUGAAGGACCCUGUCCCCGCUCUGGCCCCACCCUGGCCCCCGCCCCGAUUCAGGACCUCUGGAAUAAAGCGAUGUUGUA